UUUUUUCCCAUGUCUUUUGCAAAGAGAGCUGAAUUGGCCCUGACUGGCUUGUUUCAGUGUUACCCUUUUGUUAGCUGAAAUCAUUUUGGUUCUUUUUCUUGAAGAGCAAAGUGGGAAUUCACCUGAAAAGACCAUAUAUGGUCUUCUAACCCAAUUUACAAAAUGUCCUUUUCUGGGAAAAGAAUUUUCACUUUUCAUGGUUCAUGGAUCAUGAGAUUUUCUUGAUUUAACUUGGAAAAUAGCCUAAAGAUUCUGUUUCUUAUGUCGUAUGUUAUGAAAAAUUUUAGCCUGGUUUUGUUUCAAAGUCUCCAACAUGACUCUAAAAAAGCACAAGUAUUAUAUAUAUGUAUUUGGAGCACAGUGUGAAAGCAUUUUGGAAGGCCAAGGAAAUAUAAUAACUGGGUAUUUGAUGAAUUGGAAACCCUUCAAAAGACGGAUCUCUCAUAGACAAGUAAAUGAAGCUUGGACCAACUGAGUUUCAACAGUUCAAAGAGAAGCAAAAUAUCCCAAAAGACUACUUCUGGUGAUAAAGCUUUUGAAGAUAGCUAUGACUAGGGCUACAGGUGGGCAUUAUUUAGGGUUCUUCCAGGUCAAGGUUAGUGUUCCAUGCACCAGUUUGUUCAACAUAGUGACUGUUAGAUGUGGGCAUUGUGCCAAUCUGCUGUCUGUAAAUAUGGGAACUUCACUUCAAACGAUUCCCAUUCAAGAUGCUCAGAAACAGCAGAUAAACACUGAUCAGGAUCAUUUAAAUAAGGAAUGUGGAUCGUCUUCCGAAUGCAACAAGUUUUCUGCAUUUGAUUCUGCUGAGGAUGAAGCACCUAGAAUGCCCCCUAUUCGCCCCCCUGAGAAGAGACAACGUGUUCCUUCUGCAUAUAACAGGUUCAUCAAAGAGGAAAUCCAAAGGAUCAAGGCUAGUAAUCCAGACAUCAGCCACAGGGAAGCUUUCAGCACAGCAGCAAAAAAUUGGGCACAUUUUCCUCACAUUCACUUUGGGCUAAAGCUGGAUGGAAACAAGCAAGCAAAACUCGACCAGGCAUUUGCAGAUCAGGGUACUCAAAAUUCUAACGGGUACUACUAAAAGACAAUGGCAACCUGUGAGUAGAAGCCCCAGACAUCAUCAUAUAUAUCUAUAUAUAUGUUAUUAUAUGUUUAAUUACUAAAGGAACUGAGGUUUUGAUGAAGGCCCUCCUGAAAACCUCACCUUGUUAUCAUGUGUGUGUUGCCCUUUCCACCUCUUAAAUUUCCAUCAGAAUUGCAAUUUCUUUCUAUUCCAGUGAUUGAUUGUAUUUUAUGUUGAAUUCAGAUCAUAUUUUCAAGUAAACAAACAUUCCCAGGGAAUAAUAUGUGCAAUUUCUUUUGGAAACAAUUAUGGCAAAGUCUUAGUCUCUAUCUCUUGUCU